UGGAGGAUGAGCCCGGGGAGAAGCCUCGGGAGCUAAGUCCGGCUUCCUGAGCCCAGCCAUGGGAGCCAGCUCCGCGCCGCUCGCCCGGCGCUGCGUGUCCGCCUGAGGAAGCGCCUGCCCCUGCUCCGAUCGCGGGGCGGGGAAGGGAAAAGUGGGGAGCCCCCCUCAGAGCUGCAGCUGUUAGUGCGUGUGCAGGACUCUCCCCUCCCCCUCGCUGCCGCCGGCCGGACCCUGUGCCCGGCUCCCCGUCUAUAAAGAGGGGUUUAUUCUUGGGCUCCAGUCUCACGCCAAACCCUGUCCCAGCGUCUAGACAAGCUGUCGUGGCUCUAAGUCCAGCUGUCACCAUGGGGAUGGAGCCGGGGCCGCUGUGAAUCUCGUGGAGCCAGACAGAGCGGAGGGAGGGAGCGAGCCGCGGAGGGGGAGAGGCGCCGUGGCCCUUCGGGAGGCUGCUCGCAGGGGCGCAAGGCUGCUCGCCCGGCUGCGGCAGCGGGGAGCCGCCGAUGCUGAGUCCCGGCAGCCCCGGGGGAGCUAUUUAAAGCCACGGGCCUCGCUGGACUUUGUCUCGGCCUAUUUAUGACUCCCCUGGACUUAGCAAGGGGCAGCGCGGGGCAGUAGCGAGCGCUCGGAAAGCAGCCCGGGGCGAGUCCCGGCCGCCGCCCGGGGCCUGUCUGCGCCGGCGGGAGCAUGAAGGGGCCGCAGAGUCUCCUGCUCUGGGCCGGCUGGCUGCUGCUGCAGCGCGGCUCCGGCCAGCCCUACCUCCGCCUCCGGCCCUCCCCGAGCGACAACCUGCCCGUCAAGGACAUCCUGGAGCACCCGGACCCCGAGUACGACCCCAAGGAGCAGGACCUGGACGAGCGGACGCUGAGGAAGAAGCUGGGCAGCAGCUUCGACCCCGCGUUCAUGUCGGUGGCCGCCCCGGCGCCGGGGAACCUCUCCAGCCCGGCGCCCCCGCCCAGGCUCCGGGGCUCGGCGCCGCUGCCCGGCGAGCUGAAGAAGCUGGAGCUGGGCGAGAGCCCCUCGGGGCCCCGCCUGAAGCUGGGCAAGAAGGCCCGGAGGAAGUUCCUGCAGUGGCUGUGGGCCUACACCCACUGCCCCGUGCGCUACACCUGGAAGGACCUGGGCGUCCGCUUCUGGCCGCGCUACAUCAAGGAGGGCAGCUGCUUCGCCGAGAAGUCCUGCUCCUUCCCCGAGGGCAUGUACUGCAAGCCGGCCAAGUCCGUGCCCAAGACCUUUCUGCGCUGGUACUGCCAAGGCUGGUCCAGGCAGAAGUACUGCACCUGGAUCCCGGUCCAGUACCCGCUGAUCUCGGAGUGCAAGUGCUCCUGCUAAGCCGCGCUGGGGAGCCGCCUCCGCCGCGCUGGGCGUGCCCCCUGCUCGGCGUGCCAGGCUCCUGGACGGACUCACCGGGAUCCCAACUGGAGCGAGGGGGCGGUCUCCAUUGCCCUGCAGGAUCCCAACCCCGUUGCAUGGGGAUCUCAGAGGAUCGGUGCACCAGGAGGCAUAAUCCAGCCCAGUACCUAGCUGUCUCUCGCAGUGCAAGUCGCCCCCCCCCUUCCCCUCCCUCUCCCUCCCACCGAGACCCUGAGACUGAAAGGACACACACAGAGAUGGGCACACGCUCACAUGAGGAUCUGUUUGUGCGUUUCUCUCCCCUUAUUACAUCCCUUGCACUGUUUAUGGCUUAUUGUAUUUUAAAUGGCAAAGCAAAACUGAAAGGAACUGCAGUGCAGGCCAGAGGCAAAGCUAAGCACUACAAUCAGAUGUUUAUUUUUAUACAUAUAUAGCGUUCUAACAAAACAAAACAGAGAGAGAGAGAGAGAGAGAGAGAGAGAGAGGGAGUUACCAGCCUUGUAAAUAUAGAGAUUUUAAAAAGAAGGGGGAAAUUGCAGCUGUUUAUUAUUAUUUUAUUUUAUUAUUAUUAUUAUUAUUUUAUUAUUAUUUUAAAGACAUAGGACCACAUUUCAAAUCCAUCCCACUAAAAUCUGAGUACUUCCCUGCAAAAGGGAAGGGGGAAAUUUCCAGUCAAGAUGAUUCAACAAAAAGCCAACACAGAAGCCCUUGAAGAUGUUAAUUUCUAUUUGCUGUAUUUUUGUCUUCUUCAAAUGUUUCAACUGAUCUGCAAAGCUCUCUACGUUUUUUAAAAGUGUUUACUGGUUAAUUACAAAGGAGAUUUUUUUAAAAGUACAAAGUUAUGAAAGAGUGGAGUCUGUUUUGUUGGUUUUGGAAUACAUAUAGUAAUGUAGAGAUGUUAAAAGAAAUUUUCUGUGUACAGUUUAUUUAUUUUUAAUGUUUGUGUAUAAAAAAAGCUAGAGAUUAUGCCAGAAAAUAUUGGAAAUGUUUACUUGAAUAUUCCUUUAAAAACAUAUCAGUGUAAAUAUGAACUAUGACUGAUCAAAACAUUUUUAGCAAUAAACUCUAUCUCUGAAGAAACAAUUACUUAUGCACUACAGAGUUCUGGGAAAGGAGAUUAUGGUGCUAGGUUUCU